AUGUCCACAAUACCGCUGCUGUCCCUUGAGGACCAUUUCGUCUCGAGUGUGUGCCAGCAAGACGAUGUUGCCGAAACUCUUGCACUGCACCAGUUCCCUGGUCCGAUCCUCCAGCGACUCAUUGAAGUUGGCCCGGAAAGGCUGAAGACUAUGGAUGAGGGCGGUGUGAAACUCCAAGUGGUGUCUCAUAUCCCAGUUGUCAUUGGAGCUCAAGAAUGUCGCGCCACCAAUGAUCAACUUCACAAGGAUAUAAAGCAGCAGUCUGGAAGUUUUGCAGCAUUCGCAACUCUGCCAGUGGGCGAACCUCAGAGCAUCGCGAGUGAGUUGAAACGCUGUGUCAAAGAUCUCACUUUCGUCGGGGCUUUGAUCCCAAACCAUGCCAACGGCGUCUAUUAUGACGGGCCAGACUAUCUGCCCAUGUGGCAGGCUGCCGAAAGACUCAAAGUACCAAUCUACUUGCAUCCUUGUCCUCCAUCGUCUCAAGCUCUCCCGCUCUUUCACGGCAAUUACUCUGAAGAGGUCGACUUUGCCAUCGGCACUCACGCAUGGGACUGGCACGCGAACUGUGGCUUGCACUUCAUCAAGCUCUACGCUUCGGGGCUGUUUGACAAGUGUCCAAAUCUAAAGAUCGUCCUCGGCCAUUUAGGCGAGCUUUUGCCAUUCAUGCUGGGCCGGAUUGAGCGCAAAUUAGCACUGACUAAAGACUCGAAGUCCUGGAAGAGGUCAUUCACGGAAAUUUACGCUCAAAAUGUGUGGGUGACGACGUCUGGCAUGUUUGAUGUUGAAUCCUUGAAGCUGGUCCUUGCAACAACGAAAAUCGACAGGAUCAUGUUCAGUAUCGACUAUCCCUUUGAAAGUACAUUGCUAUCUAAGCAAUUCAUGGUUGAGUUCAGAGAGGCAGCACUGGUAUCAGAGGAAGACUAUGCGCGCAUUGCGUACAAGAACGCUGAGGAAUUGCUUGGGGUUCGGGUAAUAGAAGGAGAAUCACGAGGACCACUUUGA